AUGGGUAUGUUGUUAUGUAAAAGUCUGCUAUUGUGUUGUCAAUAUCAAACAAAGCCUCAACCUGGGGACCUGAUUGAGAUAUUCCGUGGGACCUAUCAGCACUGGGCCUUGUAUGUUGGAGAAGGUUACAUCGUCCACCUCUGUCCCCCCACUGAGGCAGCUGGGGCUGGUGCCUACAGCCUGGUGUCUGUGCUGUGUGACACAGCCGUUGUGACCAAGGAGAGGCUGGAGGAGAUAGUGGGGAAGGACAGGUUCCUUGUCAACAACCUGCUGGAUGGCAAACACAAACCCCGGAGUGUUUAUGACAUACUGAGGGAUGCCCGCAGCCUGCUGGGCCUGGAGAUGCCUUACUGCAUCCUGAGGGGAAACUGUGAACACUUUGUCACCGAGCUGAGAUAUGGGAAGGGAGAGUCCCAGCAGGUAUAUUAUGCUCUGGGCGUAGGUGUUAGAGCAGUGGCGAUUGGCAUGAAGGCCCUGAAUGCAGCGUCAAGCAUCUCUUGUGUGAAGUCAAAACAAAAGAGGAUACUCCUUUGA